AUGGCCUCCUCGGCAGCCGGAACAAGCAGUACAAGAAUAUCUCAGUAUACUUUAGAUCGUGCCAACCGUACCCGGUUACUUAUUGAGAACUGCUAUGCACAAGCUCUAGCUCAGUGUCAUGAACGAGAAAAAAGGUUACGGAAGUUGGAAGAAAAAAUGGAAGUGGAAGGUCUUUCGGAGUCGGAAAAAGUAAUACGCCGACAAGUACAUAUGGCUAAAGAAACAGAUUUUCUACGAUUGAAAAGGACGCGACUUACUGUUGCUGAUUUUACAUCCCUGAAAGUAAUUGGUCGAGGAGCUUUCGGAGAAGUACGGCUGGUUCAAAAAAUCGACACUGGUCAUGUUUAUGCUAUGAAAAUUUUACGAAAAACUGAAAUGCUUGAAAAGGAGCAGACAGCUCAUGUACGUGCGGAGCGUGAUAUACUAUCCGAAGCUGAUUGUGAAUGGGUUGUAAAGAUGUAUUUUUCGUUUCAAGAUCCUCUCAAUCUGUAUUUAGUCAUGGAAUUUUUACCUGGAGGUGACAUGAUGACACUACUUAUCAAGAAGGAUACGCUGUCGGAAGAUGCCACCAAAUUUUAUAUUGCUGAAGCAGCGCUGGCAAUACAAGCAAUACACAACCUAAAUUUUAUUCAUCGUGAUAUUAAGCCAGACAAUUUAUUAUUGGAUUCAAAAGGACAUAUAAAACUCUCUGAUUUUGGAUUGUGCACAGGUCUCAAAAAAGCCCAUCGAACUGAAUACUAUCGAAAUUGGCCCAGUCAGCUGCCAAAGGAUUUCGUGACAAAACCGCUUGGAUCAAAAAGAAAAGCCGAAACAUGGAAGAGAAACAGACGAGCAAUUGCUUAUUCAACGGUGGGCACACCGGAUUAUAUUGCACCAGAAAUUUUUCAACCAAAUGGCUAUACGAAGACUUGUGAUUGGUGGUCUCUUGGUGUUAUCAUGUAUGAGAUGCUUAUAGGUUAUCCACCGUUCUGUUCCGAAACACCUCAAGAAACUUAUCGAAAAGUUAUCAACUGGAAACAGACGUUAUUAUUCCCUCCAGAAAUGCCAAUUUCUGUAGAUGCCAAGACAACGAUCAGGAAAUUUUGUUCGGAACCGGAGCAUCGUUUAGGCCACAGUGAUGGUGUUGAAGAGUUAAAGACAUGUCAGUUUUUUCGAGGAAUCGACUGGAGCAAUAUCAGGAAGUGUCCGGCACCCAUCCGUGUUGAUGUCAAAAGUAUUGAUGACACUUCAAAUUUCGACGAAUUUCCGGAUGCCGAUUUAUGCAUUCCUAAGCAACAGCUUGGCGAUAGAGGAGAAUUUUCGAAUUAUACAUAUCGACGAUUUGAUGGGCUAACCCAAAAUCGUCAGUUCAAAAAGAAAUGUUCCACCGAUGAGGAUAUGGAAGAUUAUUCGGUACCAUCAGUGACAUUUAAUGCCGCAUCGCCUGGAAGAUUAUGA